CCUUCUACUUCCAACAACACCACAACAACCCUUCCAUUCCACCAAACCAUAACAAAACACUCAUCUCUUUCAUCAACACUUCUUCUGCAACUUUUACAUUCAACAAUGGCGGAAGAUUGGGAAAUUCACCUACGAACACUCUCUUCAAGCGCCAGAGACUCCAAUUUCUCCACCGAUCCUGCUUCAGAUUCCUCUCUUCUUCACUCCGUUAGGAAGCUAAUCGAGCUGUGUAAAAGUGAGAAUUCGGAGAAUUUGAUAGCUAGGGUUUAUCCGCAACUCAAUAGGAUAUUUCAGCGUUCUGUUUCGUCUAUUUCGCAGUCUAGAUCGUCGGCUGGACUCCUUUUGCUGGCCAUUCUUCAGUUUUUUGUUGAUUAUGGAGAGUUUGUUUUGCAUGAUGCUGAUCCUAGUUUACGGACUUUCUUUCGUUCGUGUUUGAGCCGUGAGUUUGCAGACCCUGUUGUUGCAGAAGCAACUCUAGAUUUUUUGAACCUGAACAAGAGGAAAAUCUUACUCACAUUUCCUACUUUACUCCCUCAGUUUUAUCCGUUGAUGCUUAAGUUGAUUGCAUGGAAUGGAGAGAAAUUAGAAAAACCAUUCCUAAGAGUGUUUCCUGGCUUGAUGUCUCCCGGUUCAUUUCUUCCUCUAUUUAUAUCACUUGUUGACUUACCAGUGUUGACUGGGGCACUGGAAAAGGUGGAAAAGAAUUCUGGACCACUAAUUGGUAGCAGCAUAGCUACAAUCCAGAAGAGUGCAGCUCCAGAGAUGCUGUUAGCCCUCAUGGAUGAAGCGUAUACUGGUUCAACGAUAGCAGAUGGAGGUGCAGAUUCCGAAUCUGAAGACAGCAAUUCAAUCACGUCAGAUCCAUUGUUUCUCGAACUUCUUAAAGAUGAAAACGAUGGCCUUGCGCAACGCCAUUGGACUUCUCCCGCAAUGGAAGCGACAUUGCAGGCAGCAAUUUCUGCGCCAUCUGAUAGACUAAAACAAGCACUCAAAAUGUCACCUCGGCUUCUUAAUGUGUAUUUUUCAAUAGCAUUGCAUGAUGUCAAUCAGGCUUUGAAAUGUGCUUUAAUCCCCAUGCUUCUCGACAGAUAUUCUAAGCUAUUUCCUGACAAAAUUUUCUCCUAUGAAGUACGGAAGAGGCUUCUAAAUUUCACAUUGGCUGCAUUUCAUCAAUCUCCAGAGUUUGUUGCAAUUCUGAAGAAGCCCAUAGUAGACAGACUCGGAGAAGCUUACGACAGUCCCGAAAAGACUGAGUUGGCGUUACAAUUAUGUUGGGCCAUUGGGGAGCAUGGAGGGGGCGGCGCAUCUCACAAAGAUGCGGCUCGUGAACUUUUCGAGAGUCUAGAACUUCUUCUCUAUGAAAAUCUUUCCUCAAGCCGUCUAGGUGUAGGAGAUUCUGUUCUUGGCUCGAGUAGCACAACUGUUAGAAGAUCAUCACAGUCUAGGCUACUCUGUUUCGUUGUGACAGCAAUAGCCAAAAUCGCAACGCACCAUCGCGAAUUACUACCCCGUGCACGCGUGUCACUGGGCAAGGUGGCUCAUUCACGAAUCUCUGAUGCAAGAGUCUGGAAGCGUGCUCGUGACUAUUUGGGACUAAUGAACGAGCCUGCAAUCUGUUUGUCUGUACUCGGCCCCUCAGGACCGUCAAGUGGGUCCGUACAAAAGCCAGGGACCAUCAAUUGGAGUGAGGGUAAAACAAAGAUAAUCGCCAACAUCCCAUUUUAUAUUCUCGGUGGACAAGAAGGCCCCCCUCAUCAUGAUUUCUCUUUGAUGGACAUUCUUCCUGCAAGUAAGCAGAUAAGUGGAUAGUCUUGUCCUCGCUUUUUUAUUGCGCGUGGGAAGAUUUGCGCCGUUUUUUAGUUUAAUUUCCGCGUUUUGGCAUCAUAUUCUUUGAUUGGUUGGCACUGUUUUGUAAAGUUCUUGGUUAUAUGACAACGUAACGGUACUGUUUCCGCCUAGUUUGGCUCAUGGGCACAUAGGAAUUUCCCUCUCAUUUAGUAGUUUAAAAACAAUAAUGAAAAAAAUACUUGCAAAGAA